CAGUCGACGUUGUCCAUCCCUCAGCCGGCAACCAAGACCAACAUCCAGCAGCCAGCAGCCCAAGACCGGCAGUCCAAGGCCAUAUGCAAGAUCCCCCGAAAGCCGAGCAAGCCCAGACCAAUGGCGGUGACACAGCCGACAGCACACCCGCAGCAUGCAGCGUCUGGGAUGCCUUUGACAAGAUGCAGCUCUGCUACACCUUGAUCCCUCAGGUCAAGCACUACUAUCGAUACGGCAACUUUCGUGACUGCACGGCCGAUCGAGAAGAGUUCAACUUUUGCUUGAAGAUGAAGAUGAAGAGCCGGCCUGUCGCAGAGAAACUGAUUCGGGAACGGCGAGAUCUCAAAUACCAGCAAAAGAUCACUGAGCGGAGCUCGCUGGAUAUCUGGGAGCUGCGAUCAAGCCCGCCGGAAAACUUCCCUCCAGCCCCGUCGACAUCAUCGACAUCAUCGACAUCAUCAACACCAUCGUCGUCGACGUGAUUCCAGACGCUCUCUGUCUGAGCCGCGACUGUAGCGAUAAACCGGCCAAGACUGCUGUUGCAUUUCAGCUGGGAAUGAAGUCACAGGUGCUCCCUGAGCGACGUUGUGGCACGCCGGCCCGGCAUUCGCAACGGCAUGUCGUUUUCGCCACACCGGGCCGUUCCGCCGACACUGUGUUGGGCUACAUGUCCAUUUUUUCAAAAUCUCGGAGAUUGAUUGCGCCAUCCUUGUCUGCAUCGAACUUGUCCAGAAUACACUUGAUGUCGCCCUUGUAGGGCAGGCCGUA